GGUGCACAGACCUGAUUAGUUGAUUGCAGAGCAGGCUCAGCUCUGGAUCGUUCCUGUUGAAGACAGCUGCAGAGCCACUGUUCCCCACCGUUUCUUUUCUCUUCUUUUAUAGGUACCUUCACGUGAUCAUCCGUUGCUGUCUCCUCCAAUCAAGUUUCUCCAGUGGUGGCCCCUGCCAGUACCAUCCCUAUCUGAAUCCAGGGUGUAAGAGUGCUGCUGGACAUAAUUAUCCCAUCUGCUUUUAUGUGAGAGAUUCCUGCAUGGCUGAUGAUGGACGUGGACCAGGGUCCCACGAGCGAGAACAUAAUAACCAUCACUUUGGAAGUGGUUCAUCUGCUGACCGGAGAGGAUUACACAGUUGUAAAGAAGUUUGGAGAUCAUGUGACACCCAGUGAUACAAGAGAACUGAGAAGGACUCAGACCUCGAUCAUGUUGCCAUCAUCUUCAUCUCAGACUCCGAUGCCAGAGGGAACGAAUGACUGGAAGAUCUUAGAACUCACCAACAGGAUCAUUCAUCUUCUCACUGGAGAGGUCUGGAAGUAUGUAGGUCAUUCAUCUCUCCACAGUGACAAUGUAAUGAAGCAGCACCAACAAAUUACACCUCUAGAAUUGCCAGACAGUUUUCAAGCUAAUCAUGUUGCUACAGAGGUUAAAGAAGAAUCCAUGACCUGUAAAGAUGGCAUUAAUGUAGAGAUUAAUGCAGAAAUGUACUCACUAACACAAGACACCAACGGCCACAUUGAGGAAGGUACAAAUACUUGUAAAGAAAAGACUAUCAUGGACAGUGAUGCCUGUGCACCUACAAAGCUCAUGUGCAACCAAGGGGCGCUUAACAUUAAAGAAGAAGUGGUUCCAACCAUCAGUCAGGCACAGAAUUUACCGAACAGUAUUAACCAAGAAUCUGAUUCAGAUAAAGCCUCUAAAAUGUGUCCAGCUGCAGAUCACACACUACAGUAUUCAUCCCCUCAUAUUAAGGAGGAGUCUGUUUUAUUUCAGGAAAGAAAUGCUGUGGAUACAGAAUUGUCUACCAUAGCCCACGCUCCACAGUAUCCGUCUGUCCACAUUAAGCAGGAGUUUGUUCCUUGUCAUGAAAUUGACUCCACGGACACCUUUACACAAAUAGAUUAUCUGAUACCUUACACUGAUGAAUGUAGUGGAGAAGACAGCGAUUCACCAAGAGCAAAUGACAGUUCCUCAGCUGCAGCCAUGGAAAACGAUGGACGAUUUUAUAAAAAGUCCGUCUCCAGAUCUGAGCAAUCAAAAAAUACCACAGAGAAAAGCUACAAAUGCUCGGAGUGUCAAAAAUGUUUCACAAGAAAUGCAGAUUUGGUAAAACACCAAAGGGUUCAUGUACAGUCGCAGUCAAUUAUAUGUUCAGACUGUGGAAAAACCUUUGCCAAGAAUUCCAUGUAUGUAAGGCACCAGAGGAUUCACACGGGGGAGAAGCCAUUCUCUUGUUCAGAAUGUGGGAAGAGUUUCUCCGUCAGUGCCCACCUUAUCACGCAUCAGCGAAUUCACACCGGGGAGAAGCCUUUUGCGUGUUCUGACUGUGGGAGGUCGUUUAACCAGAAGGCUUCCCUCAUCAAGCAUCGCAGGACUCACACGGGAGAGAAACCAUUUGUUUGUGCCGACUGUGGCAAAUGUUUCACAAGUAGCACAAACCUCACGCUGCACCAGCGCGUUCACACCGGGGAAAAGCCUUAUUCUUGCUCUGUGUGUGGCAAAUGUUUUAGAAGUAGCCCCAAUCUUAUUUCCCACCAGAGGAUCCACACCGGGGAGAAACCAUACUCAUGUUCAGAAUGUGGCAAGCUUUUUACUAAUAGCUCGGUACUGGUUAGACAUCAUAGGACACACACAGGAGAGAAGCCGUUUUUAUGUUCUGAGUGCGGGAAGUCUUUUACCCGAAACUCACAACUUAUAAAACAUCAGAUGAUCCAUGCUGGACAGAGGCCCUAUUCCUGUCCUGAAUGUGGGAAACUGUUUAAGAAGAACUCAAGUCUUUCUUUGCAUAUGAGAAUUCACAGUGAUGAGCGACCAUUUUCAUGUUUAGAAUGCGGGAAAUGCUUUACCCAGAACUCAAUUCUCGUUGAACAUCAGAGAAUUCACACAGGGGAGAAACCAUUCUCCUGUUCAGAUUGUGGAAAAUAUUUUGCCCAGAGGUCAGCUCUUGUUAAACAUGAGAGAAGUCAUACUGGGGAGAAGCCAUUUGCAUGUUUGGACUGUUGGAAAUGUUUUACACGUAAAGAUCAUCUUGAGAGACAUCAAAGAAUUCACAGAGAUGAACGGCCAUUUUCCUGUUCUGAAUGCGGGAAAAGUUUUACUCGGAUAUCCGUUCUUGUUGCACAUCAGAGGAUUCAUACAGGAGAGAAACCGUUUUCUUGUUCACAAUGUGGGAAAUGUUUUACCUAUAAAUCUGUUCUUAUUGAACAUGAGAAAACCCACACAGGCGAGAAACCAUUUUCUUGUUCAGAAUGUGGGAAAAGUUUUGCCCAGAAAUCAACUCUCAUUGCACAUCAGCGAAUUCACACAGGUGAAAAGCCAUUCUCGUGUUCAGAAUGUGGGAAGUGUUUUACUCUGAAAUCAGGUUUGGUUAGACAUCAGAGAACUCACACUGAGGAGAAACCAUUUUUUUGCUCAGAAUGUGGAAAAAGUUUUAGUAUAAAGUCAGAUGACAUCAUACAUCAUCGAAUGUACACAGGGGAAAACGAUCUUAAAGAGCAACUAGUAAAAUGCUAUCUUUGUAUGUUUUUGCCUAAAGCAGUGCAAUAAAAAUAUUUUGGCACCGUG